AUGUCCUCGUGUGGCGCCCUGGGCAACCCAAAAUCCCAGCCGUGACGGGAGCCCGCCUUUUCCCUCUCCCACCGCCACCUAUGUGACUUUGCUCUUUUGUGUUCCAGAAACACCAAAAACCACCACUUCUGUUCCACCACCGGUGCCUACAGGUAAGGGCGCUGAGCCUGCCGAAGGAGCUCUGCUUCUCUCCUUCUCUCCUCCCCCGUUCCCACGUGUGGUCGCCCCCCUUUCACUUGCUUUCUUUCUCCUUUGCAGUCACCACACCUUCGACAACCAGACCGCCAAGCAGCACGCCGAAAACCACGCCAACCACCUCUCCCUCCACCACAUCCAGAACCACUGCAUCAACUCAGACGGCAACCACCAACACGCCAAAGACCACUGCAACAGCCUCCACACCAUCCACCUCUACGCAUCACCCCAAAAUCCUAACCACCACAACCCCCUCCACCACCACAGAAUCCACUGCGACUAGCACACCAACCCCGACAACCACAGCAGCACCCGUGCCCCCUCCACACCGUCUCCUCCGACGCCGUCCACCACAACCACCACCACCUCGCCCACAACCGUUACCUCCACUUCCACCAGCACUCCAGUACCCACUGCCACAACUCUCACGACUGCUCCCCCUACCAGCACAGAAACGCCCAGCACUCCGGCCACCACAACUCCUGCAACCACCACCGUCCCAGUUACCACGGGUAAGUCUCCUUGGUCGCUCUGCAGCAGCAGCAGCAGCUUACAAGUCUUUCAGGAGCCCUCUCUUGCCAAAGGGGCAGAGGGAUUGCCACCUCCAGGUCCCACGUAAGCCAGCCCUCCAAAAAGGGCGCGACUCGUCUGGCUCAGUCAUCCGGGAACCUGUUCCUCAUGUCCUCGUGUGGCGCCCUGGGCAACCCAAAAUCCCAGCCGUGACGGGAGCCCGCCUUUUCCCUCUCCCACCGCCACCUAUGUGACUUUGCUCUUUUGUGUUCCAGAAACACCAAAAACCACCACUUCUGUUCCACCACCGGUGCCUACAGGUAAGGGCGCUGAGCCUGCCGAAGGAGCUCUGCUUCUCUCCUUCUCUCCUUCCCGCGUUCCCACGUGUGGUCGCCCCCCUUUCACUUGCUUUCUUUCUCCUUUGCAGUCACCACACCUUCGACAACCAGACCGCCAAGCAGCACGCCGAAAACCACGCCAACCACCUCUCCCUCCACCACAUCCAGAACCACUGCAUCAACUCAGACGGCAACCACCAACACGCCAAAGACCACUGCAACAGCCUCCACACCAUCCACCUCUACGCAUCACCCCAAAAUCCUAACCACCACAACCCCCUCCACCACCACAGAAUCCACUGCGACUAGCACACCAACCCCGACAACCACAGCAGCCCCCGGGCCCCCCCCUCCACACCGUCUCCUCCGACGCCGUCCACCACAACCACCACCACCUCGCCCACAACCGUUACCUCCACUUCCACCAGCACUCCAGUACCCACUGCCACAACUCUCACGACUGCUCCCCUACCAGCACAGAAACGCCCAGCACUCCGGCCACCACAACUCCUGCAACCACCACCGUCCCAGUUACCACGGGUAAGUCUCCUUGGUCGCUCUGCAGCAGCAGCAGCAGCUUACAAGUCUUUCAGGAGCCCUCUCUUGCCAAAGGGGCAGAGGGAUUGCCACCUCCAGGUCCCACGUAAGCCAGCCCUCCAAAAAGGGCGCGACUCGUCUGGCUCAGUCAUCCGGGAACCUGUUCCUCAUGUCCUCGUGUGGCGCCCUGGGCAACCCAAAAUCCCAGCCGUGACGGGAGCCCGCCUUUUCCCUCUCCCACCGCCACCUAUGUGACUUUGCUCUUUUGUGUUCCAGAAACACCAAAACCACCACUUCUGUUCCACCACCGGUGCCUACAGGUAAGGGCGCUGAGCCUGCCGAAGGAGCUCUGCUUCUCUCCUUCUCUCCUUCCCCCGUUCCCACGUGUGGUCGCCCCCCUUUCACUUGCUUUCUUUCUCCUUUGCAGUCACCACACCUUCGACAACCAGACCGCCAAGCAGCACGCCGAAAACCACGCCAACCACCUCUCCCUCCACCACAUCCAGAACCACUGCAUCAACUCAGACGGCAACCACCAACACGCCAAAGACCACUGCAACAGCCUCCACACCAUCCACCUCUACGCAUCACCCCAAAAUCCUAACCACCACAACCCCCUCCACCACCACAGAAUCCACUGCGACUAGCACACCAACCCCGACAACCACAACAGCACCCGUGCCCCCUCCACACCGUCUCCUCCGACGCCGUCCACCACAACCACCACCACCUCGCCCACAACCGUUACCUCCACUUCCACCAGCACUCCAGUACCCACUGCCACAACUCUCACGACUGCUCCCCUACCAGCACAGAAACGCCCAGCACUCCGGCCACCACAACUCCUGCAACCACCACCGUCCCAGUUACCACGGGUAAGUCUCCUUGGUCGCUCUGCAGCAGCAGCAGCAGCUUACAAGUCUUUCAGGAGCCCUCUCUUGCCAAAGGGGCAGAGGGAUUGCCACCUCCAGGUCCCACGUAAGCCAGCCCUCCAAAAAGGGCGCGACUCGUCUGGCUCAGUCAUCCGGGAACCUGUUCCUCAUGUCCUCGUGUGGCGCCCUGGGCAACCCAAAAUCCCAGCCGUGACGGGAGCCCGCCUUUUCCCUCUCCCACCGCCACCUAUGUGACUUUGCUCUUUUGUGUUCCAGAAACACCAAAACCCACCACGUCUGUUCCACCACCGGUGCCUACUGGUAAGGGCGCUGUGCCUGCCGACGGAGCUCUGCUUCUCUCCUUCUCGCCGUCCCCCGUUCCCACGUGUGGUCGCCCCCCUUUCACUUGCUUUCUUUCUCCUUUGCAGUCACCACACCUUCGACAACCAGACCGCCAAGCAGCACGCCGAAAACCACGCCAACCACCUCUCCCUCCACCACAUCCAGAACCACUGCAUCAACUCAGACGGCAACCACCAACACGCCAAAGACCACUGCAACAGCCUCCACACCAUCCACCUCUACGCAUCACCCCAAAAUCCUAACCACCACAACCCCCUCCACCACCACAGAAUCCACUGCGACUAGCACACCAACCCCGACAACCACAACAGCACCCGUGCCCCCUCCACACCGUCUCCUCCGACGCCGUCCACCACAACCACCACCACCUCGCCCACAACCGUUACCUCCACUUCCACCAGCACUCCAGUACCCACUGCCACAACUCUCACGACUGCUCCCCCUACCAGCACAGAAACGCCCAGCACUCCGGCCACCACAACUCCUGCAACCACCACCGUCCCAGUUACCACGGGUAAGUCUCCUUGGUCGCUCUGCAGCAGCAGCAGCUUACAAGUCUUUCAGGAGCCCUCUCUUGCCAAAGGGGCAGAGGGAUUGCCACCUCCAGGUCCCACGUAAGCCAGCCCUCCAAAAAGGGCGCGACUCGUCUGGCUCAGUCAUCCGGGAACCUGUUCCUCAUGUCCUCGUGUGGCGCCCUGGGCAACCCAAAAUCCCAGCCGUGACGGGAGCCCGCCUUUUCCCUCUCCCACCGCCACCUAUGUGACUUUGCUCUUUUGUGUUCCAGAAACACCAAAAACCACCACUUCUGUUCCACCACCGGUGCCUACAGGUAAGGGCGCUGAGCCUGCCGAAGGAGCUCUGCUUCUCUCCUUCUCUCCUUCCCCCGUUCCCACGUGUGGUCGCCCCCCUUUCACUUGCUUUCUUUCUCCUUUGCAGUCACCACACCUUCGACAACCAGACCGCCAAGCAGCACGCCGAAAACCACGCCAACCACCUCUCCCUCCACCACAUCCAGAACCACUGCAUCAACUCAGACGGCAACCACCAACACGCCAAAGACCACUGCAACAGCCUCCACACCAUCCACCUCUACGCAUCACCCCAAAAUCCUAACCACCACAACCCCCUCCACCACCACAGAAUCCACUGCGACUAGCACACCAACCCCGACAACCACAACAGCACCCGUGCCCCCUCCCACACCGUCUCCACCGCCGCCGUCCACCACAACCACCACCACCUCGCCCACAACCGUUACCUCCACUUCCACCAGCACUCCAGUACCCACUGCCACAACUCUCACGACUGCUCCCCCUACCAGCACAGAAACGCCCAGCACUCCGGCCACCACAACUCCUGCAACCACCACCGUCCCAGUUACCACGGGUAAGUCUCCUUGGUCGCUCUGCAGCAGCAGCAGCUUACAAGUCUUUCAGGAGCCCUCUCUUGCCAAAGGGGCAGAGGGAUUGCCACCUCCAGGUCCCACGUAAGCCAGCCCUCCAAAAAGGGCGCGACUCGUCUGGCUCAGUCAUCCGGGAACCUGUUCCUCAUGUCCUCGUGUGGCGCCCUGGGCAACCCAAAAUCCCAGCCGUGACGGGAGCCCGCCUUUUCCCUCUCCCACCGCCACCUAUGUGACUUUGCUCUUUUGUGUUCCAGAAACACCAAAACCACCACUUCUGUUCCACCACCGGUGCCUACAGGUAAGGGCGCUGAGCCUGCCGAAGGAGCUCUGCUUCUCUCCUUCUCUCCUUCCCCCGUUCCCACGUGUGGUCGCCCCCCUUUCACUUGCUUUCUUUCUCCUUUGCAGUCACCACACCUUCGACAACCAGACCGCCAAGCAGCACGCCGAAAACCACGCCAACCACCUCUCCCUCCACCACAUCCAGAACCACUGCAUCAACUCAGACGGCAACCACCAACACGCCAAAGACCACUGCAACAGCCUCCACACCAUCCACCUCUACGCAUCACCCCAAAAUCCUAACCACCACAACCCCUCCACCACCACAGAAUCCACUGCGACUAGCACACCAACCCCGACAACCACAACAGCACCCGUGCCCCCUCCACACCGUCUCCUCCGACGCCGUCCACCACAACCACCACCACCUCGCCCACAACCGUUACCUCCACUUCCACCAGCACUCCAGUACCCACUGCCACAACUCUCACGACUGCUCCCCCUACCAGCACAGAAACGCCCAGCACUCCGGCCACCACAACUCCUGCAACCACCACCGUCCCAGUUACCACGGGUAAGUCUCCUUGGUCGCUCUGCAGCAGCAGCAGCUUACAAGUCUUUCAGGAGCCCUCUCUUGCCAAAGGGGCAGAGGGAUUGCCACCUCCAGGUCCCACGUAAGCCAGCCCUCCAAAAAGGGCGCGACUCGUCUGGCUCAGUCAUCCGGGAACCUGUUCCUCAUGUCCUCGUGUGGCGCCCUGGGCAACCCAAAAUCCCAGCCGUGACGGGAGCCCGCCUUUUCCCUCUCCCACCGCCACCUAUGUGACUUUGCUCUUUUGUGUUCCAGAAACACCAAAAACCACCACUUCUGUUCCACCACCGGUGCCUACAGGUAAGGGCGCUGAGCCUGCCGGAAGGAGCUCUGCUUCUCUCCUUCUCUCCUUCCCCCGUUCCCACGUGUGGUCGCCCCCCUUUCACUUGCUUUCUUUCUCCUUUGCAGUCACCACACCUUCGACAACCAGACCGCCAAGCAGCACGCCGAAAACCACGCCAACCACCUCUCCCUCCACCACAUCCAGAACCACUGCAUCAACUCAGACGGCAACCACCAACACGCCAAAGACCACUGCAACAGCCUCCACACCAUCCACCUCUACGCAUCACCCCAAAAUCCUAACCACCACAACCCCCUCCACCACCACAGAAUCCACUGCGACUAGCACACCAACCCCGACAACCACAACAGCACCCGUGCCCCCCUCCACACCGUCUCCUCCGUCGCCGUCCACCACAACCACCACCACCUCGCCCACAACCGUUACCUCCACUUCCACCAGCACUGCAGUACCCACUGCCACAACUCUCACGACUGCUCCCCUACCAGCACAGAAACGCCCAGCACUCCGGCCACCACAACUCCUGCAACCACCACCGUCCCAGUUACCACGGGUAAGUCUCCUUGGUCGCUCUGCAGCAGCAGCAGCUUACAAGUCUUUCAGGAGCCCUCUCUUGCCAAAGGGGCAGAGGGAUUGCCACCUCCAGGUCCCACGUAAGCCUGCCCUCCAAAAAGGGCGCGACUCGUCUGGCUCAGUCAUCCGGGAACCUGUUCCUCAUGUCCUCGUGUGGCGCCCUGGGCAACCCAAAAUCCCAGCCGUGACGGGAGCCCGCCUUUUCCCUCUCCCACCGCCACCUAUGUGACUUUGCUCUUUUGUGUUCCAGAAACACCAAAACCACCACUUCUGUUCCACCACCGGUGCCUACAGGUAAGGGCGCUGAGCCUGCCGGAAGGAGCUCUGCUUCUCUCCUUCUCUCCUUCCCCCGUUCCCACGUGUGGUCGCCCCCCUUUCACUUGCUUUCUUUCUCCUUUGCAGUCACCACACCUUCGACAACCAGACCGCCAAGCAGCACGCCGAAAACCACGCCAACCACCUCUCCCUCCACCACAUCCAGAACCACUGCAUCAACUCAGACGGCAACCACCAACACGCCAAAGACCACUGCAACAGCCUCCACACCAUCCACCUCUACGCAUCACCCCAAAAUCCUAACCACCACAACCCCCUCCACCACCACAGAAUCCACUGCGACUAGCACACCAACCCCGACAACCACAACAGCACCCGUGCCCCCCUCCACACCGUCUCCUCCGACGCAGUCCACCACAACCACCACCACCUCGCCCACAACCGUUACCUCCACUUCCACCAGCACUCCAGUACCCACUGCCACAACUCUCACGACUGCUCCCCUACCAGCACAGAAACGCCCAGCACUCCGGCCACCACAACUCCUGCAACCACCACCGUCCCAGUUACCACGGGUAAGUCUCCUUGGUCGCUCUGCAGCAGCAGCAGCUUACAAGUCUUUCAGGAGCCCUCUCUUGCCAAAGGGGCAGAGGGAUUGCCACCUCCAGGUCCCACGUAAGCCAGCCCUCCAAAAAGGGCGCGACUCGUCUGGCUCAGUCAUCCGGGAACCUGUUCCUCAUGUCCUCGUGUGGCGCCCUGGGCAACCCAAAAUCCCAGCCGUGACGGGAGCCCGCCUUUUCCCUCUCCCACCGCCACCUAUGUGACUUUGCUCUUUUGUGUUCCAGAAACACCAAAAACCACCACUUCUGUUCCACCACCGGUGCCUACAGGUAAGGGCGCUGAGCCUGCCGGAAGGAGCUCUGCUUCUCUCCUUCUCUCCUUCCCCCGUUCCCACGUGUGGUCGCCCCCCUUUCACUUGCUUUCUUUCUCCUUUGCAGUCACCACACCUUCGACAACCAGACCGCCAAGCAGCACGCCGAAAACCACGCCAACCACCUCUCCCUCCACCACAUCCAGAACCACUGCAUCAACUCAGACGGCAACCACCAACACGCCAAAGACCACUGCAACAGCCUCCACACCAUCCACCUCUACGCAUCACCCCAAAAUCCUAACCACCACAACCCCCUCCACCACCACAGAAUCCACUGCGACUAGCACACCAACCCCGACAACCACAACAGCACCCGUGCCCCCUCCACACCGUCUCCUCCGGCGCCGUCCACCACAACCACCACCACCUCGCCCACAACCGUUACCUCCACUUCCACCAGCACUCCAGUACCCACUGCCACAACUCUCACGACUGCUCCCCUACCAGCACAGAAACGCCCAGCACUCCGGCCACCACAACUCCUGCAACCACCACCGUCCCAGUUACCACGGGUAAGUCUCCUUGGUCGCUCUGCAGCAGCAGCAGCAGCUUACAAGUCUUUCAGGAGCCCUCUCUUGCCAAAGGGGCAGAGGGAUUGCCACCUCCAGGUCCCACGUAAGCCAGCCCUCCAAAAAGGGCGCGACUCGUCUGGCUCAGUCAUCCGGGAACCUGUUCCUCAUGUCCUCGUGUGGCGCCCUGGGCAACCCAAAAUCCCAGCCGUGACGGGAGCCCGCCUUUUCCCUCUCCCACCGCCACCUAUGUGACUUUGCUCUUUUGUGUUCCAGAAACACCAAAAACCACCACUUCUGUUCCACCACCGGUGCCUACAGGUAAGGGCGCUGAGCCUGCCGAAGGAGCUCUGCUUCUCUCCUUCUCUCCUUCCCCCGUUCCCACGUGUGGUCGCCCCCCUUUCACUUGCUUUCUUUCUCCUUUGCAGUCACCACACCUUCGACAACCAGACCGCCAAGCAGCACGCCGAAAACCACGCCAACCACCUCUCCCUCCACCACAUCCAGAACCACUGCAUCAACUCAGACGGCAACCACCAACACGCCAAAGACCACUGCAACAGCCUCCACACCAUCCACCUCUACGCAUCACCCCAAAAUCCUAACCACCACAACCCCCUCCACCACCACAGAAUCCACUGCGACUAGCACACCAACCCCGACAACCACAACAGCACCCGUGCCCCCCUCCACACCGUCUCCUCCGGCGCCGUCCACCACAACCACCACCACCACGCCCACAACCGUUACCUCCACUUCCACCAGCACUCCAGUACCCACUGCCACAACUCUCACGACUGCUCCCCUACCAGCACAGAAACGCCCAGCACUCCGGCCACCACAACUCCUGCAACCACCACCGUCCCAGUUACCACGGGUAAGUCUCCUUGGUCGCUCUGCAGCAGCAGCAGCUUACAAGUCUUUCAGGAGCCCUCUCUUGCCAAAGGGGCAGAGGGAUUGCCACCUCCAGGUCCCACGUAAGCCUGCCCUCCAAAAAGGGCGCGACUCGUCUGGCUCAGUCAUCCGGGAACCUGUUCCUCAUGUCCUCGUGUGGCGCCCUGGGCAACCCAAAAUCCCAGCCGUGACGGGAGCCCGCCUUUUCCCUCUCCCACCGCCACCUAUGUGACUUUGCUCUUUUGUGUUCCAGAAACACCAAAAACCACCACUUCUGUUCCACCACCGGUGCCUACAGGUAAGGGCGCUGAGCCUGCCGGAAGGAGCUCUGCUUCUCUCCUUCUCUCCUUCCCCCGUUCCCACGUGUGGUCGCCCCCCUUUCACUUGCUUUCUUUCUCCUUUGCAGUCACCACACCUUCGACAACCAGACCGCCAAGCAGCACGCCGAAAACCACGCCAACCACCUCUCCCUCCACCACAUCCAGAACCACUGCAUCAACUCAGACGGCAACCACCAACACGCCAAAGACCACUGCAACAGCCUCCACACCAUCCACCUCUACGCAUCACCCCAAAAUCCUAACCACCACAACCCCCUCCACCACCACAGAAUCCACUGCGACUAGCACACCAACCCCGACAACCACAACAGCACCCGUGCCCCCCUCCACACCGUCUCCUCCGUCGCCGUCCACCACAACCACCACCACCUCGCCCACAACCGUUACCUCCACUUCCACCAGCACUCCAGUACCCACUGCCACAACUCUCACGACUGCUCCCCUACCAGCACAGAAACGCCCAGCACUCCGGCCACCACAACUCCUGCAACCACCACCGUCCCAGUUACCACGGGUAAGUCUCCUUGGUCGCUCUGCAGCAGCAGCAGCUUACAAGUCUUUCAGGAGCCCUCUCUUGCCAAAGGGGCAGAGGGAUUGCCACCUCCAGGUCCCACGUAAGCCAGCCCUCCAAAAAGGGCGCGACUCGUCUGGCUCAGUCAUCCGGGAACCUGUUCCUCAUGUCCUCGUGUGGCGCCCUGGGCAACCCAAAAUCCCAGCCGUGACGGGAGCCCGCCUUUUCCCUCUCCCACCGCCACCUAUGUGACUUUGCUCUUUUGUGUUCCAGAAACACCACAAUCCCCCACAACUGGUCCACCACCGGGGCCUACAGGUACGGGCGCUGCGCCAGCCGACGGAGCUCUGCUUCUCUGCUUCUCUCCUUCCCCCGUUCCCACGUGUGGUCGCCCCCCUUUCACUUGCUUUCUUUCUCCUUUGCAGUCACCACACCUUCGACAACCAGACCGCCAAGCAGCACGCCGAAAACCACGCCAACCACCUCUCCCUCCACCACAUCCAGAACCACUGCAUCAACUCAGACGGCAACCACCAACACGCCAAAGACCACUGCAACAGCCUCCACACCAUCCACCUCUACGCAUCACCCCAAAAUCCUAACCACCACAACCCCCUCCACCACCACAGAAUCCACUGCGACUAG